AUGGUUAAAAUUAUGGUCAGUAAGCAGGAGGCAAACAAAUUAAGAAAAAUACCGCUUUCUGACAGUGAUAUUUCACGCAGAAUAAACGAUAUGGCCAAGGAUAUUCAAGAACAAGUAGUCGAAAAACUAAAGAAUAGCCAACAUUUUGCUUUGCAGUUCAAUGAAUCUACAGAUGUUUCCGACUGUGCACAGUUUAUCCAAGGACAAAUUCACCAUCGAAUUGGAUCAUUGCUACCACUUGAAGACGCACAGCAUAAAUUCCUUCAAAUUUACUUCAUAGGCAACGUGGAACAUCAACUUGAUCAGCGCCAAACAAUCAAUACGGAAAUGAGAAGAGGAAUUCUUCGCGAUUUGCAGCAGCUGCUUCAUGAACAUCAUACAUUGGUUCGGUUAUUCAAAACUGCGUUGGAUCCCAUGCCAAAUGAUGACUAUAAGGUCGUGAUCAGAGCGGAUAAACGACCUGCUGGAACGCACGAACGCCAAUUUAACGCUCCAACAAUAGAUGAGGUUGCAGUUGUGAUUGUUGGCGAAAGCCGCCAUCGUUCAUACGAAGCAUUGCAAUACCCACUGAUGUUUUGGCAAGGAAUAUUAUAUGAACAUCAAUAUGAUAAAUCCAUCGACCGCACCGAAGGAAAUGCAUCUGAUUUUGGUCGGUUGACUACUUUACCGGCGACGUUCGUUCGCAGUCCACGUCAUAUGCAUGAAUAUACGCAAGAUGCAAUGACAUAUGUACGUCAUUACGGCCGUCCAGACCUGUUCAUCACCUUCGCGUGCAAUCCUAAGUGGAUAGAAAUUGUUCAACUGCUGCUUCCUGGCCAAACAUCAAGUGAUCGGCACGAUAUCACCGCACGUGUAUUCAGGCAAAAAAUCCGGUCGCUCAUGCACUAUAUUGUUGGGCAUCGUGUCUUUAGGGAUACUCGAUGCUGGAUGUACUCCAUUGAAUGGCAAAUAAGAGGCUUACCGCUUGCGCACAUUCACAUUUGGUUAGUCGAAAAAAUACAGCCAGACCAAAUUGAUGACAUCAUAUUUGCCGAGAUUCCUGAUUCCGAAACCGAUCCAGACCUACAAGAUGUCGUAAUUACAAACAUGAUUAAUGAACCGUGUGGCGCCAUUAACCCACAAUCACCGUGCAUGGUCGACGGCAAGUGUUCCAAGCGUUAUCCACAAAAUUUGACUGGCAAAGAUGGUUAUCCACUGUAUCGACGUCGAUCUUUUGAUGAUGGCGGUAGAACAAUCACAGUCAAAGUGAAAGGAAAUGAUUUCGUGGUCGACAACUCUUGGGUUGUUCCAUAUUCGCCACUUCUUUCCAAAACAUUCAGGGCGCAUUGUAACGUGGAGUAUUGCAAUUCAGUGAAGUCCAUCAAGUACAUCUGCAAAUAUGUCACGAAGGGCAGUGACAGGGCGGCUUUUGGUCUUCAAGCUCCUGACCCCAAUGAAGAAAUCACGCGCUAUCAAAAUGUGCAUCUGGAGAACGGUCAACGAGUUUAUUUCACCCCAGCAAAUGCCGCUCAACGUGCUCAAAACCCACCAGCGACAACAUUGACCAGUUUCUUCUCGAUUUGCCAAAGUGAUCCGCUUGCACGUGCGUUACUUUACUCAGAAAUGCCGCGUUAUUACACUUGGAAUGCUUCAUCGAAGAAAUCUCAACGUCGAAAGCAAGGUAAUGUAGUUCCUGGUCAUCCGGAUGUGCGUUCUACUGAAGCUCUUGGCCGUAUUUAUAGAGUUCAUCCGAAAAAUGAUGAAUGCUUUUACUUACGACUAUUGCUGGUGAAUGUUCGUGGCCCGACAUCAUUUGAAUCACUUCGAACUGUCAAUGGUGUAGUGCUGCCAACAUUUCGUGUUGCAUUUCAGGAGCUCAAUUUGCAUUCAGAGAAUCCCCAUCUUGAUAUGAAUGAAGAGAUGCACAACCAGGUUUUGAUAGAAGACAUGUGUUACCUCAUGUGCGGCAGUUUGUUAGCCAGGUUAGGAAUGACAUCGCCUGAUCGUGGAGUAAACGACGCUUUCGAACGAGAAUUGCAGCGUGAACGCGAAUAUAUAUGUAUACCAUUGUUGAAUCCUCAACAAAAAGAACUGUACGAUACGGUGAUGAAGGCAAUUGAUGAUGGAAAUGUCGGCUUGAUUUUCCUUGAUUCGCCUGGUGGAACUGGAAAGACAUUCCUCAUAUCAUUGAUUUUGGCUGCAGUUCGUGCAAGAUCAGAAAUUGCUGUAGCAGUUGCUUUUUCUGGAAUAGCGGUAACGAUGUUGGAAGGUUGCCGAAGCGCUCAUUCUGCAUUAAAAUUGCCAUUAAACCUGCAAGCGGUUGAAGAACCAACAUGUAACAUAGCGAAACAUUCAGCAAUGGCCAAAGUUUUAAUAACAAGCAAAAUCAUUAUCUGGGACGAAUGCACAAUGUCGCAUAAACGCGCGUUACAAGCUCUGAAUCGCACUAUGAAAGAUCUGCGUAAUGACGCAAGAUUAUCAUAUUUUUGA